CGCUCAGCGGGGAGGAUGCCGGCGGGCGCCGAGAGCGUGCGCGGCCACGUGACGGCCGCUAUAAGAGCGCUCCGGGCCCACGCUCCGCUCCCGCCGCGCCUCCUCCCGGGACGCGCUCCUUCCCGGCGCCCGGCUUCUCCCAGCCCCAACCUGCGGCAGCGGCGGCCGCCCGCCCCUCCCGGCAGCAGCAUGACAGAUCAGGCCUUCGUGACACUGACCACAAACGAUGCCUACGCCAAAGGAGCUCUGGUCCUGGGCUCGUCUCUGAAACAGCACAGGACCACCAGGAAGCUGGCCGUGCUUGCCACUCCACAGGUCUCAGACUCCAUGAGAAAAGUUUUAGAGACAGUCUUUGAUGAAGUCAUCACAGUAGACGUCUUGGACAGUGGUGAUUCUGCGCACCUAACCUUAAUGAAAAGGCCUGAGUUGGGUGUCACACUAACUAAACUCCAUUGCUGGUCACUUACACAGUAUUCAAAAUGUGUGUUCAUGGAUGCAGAUACUCUGGUCCUAGCAAAUAUUGAUGAUCUUUUUGAGAGAGAAGAAUUGUCGGCGGCACCAGACCCAGGGUGGCCUGACUGCUUCAAUUCUGGAGUCUUUGUUUAUCAGCCUUCAGUUGAAACAUACAAUCAGCUGUUGCACCUUGCUUCUGAGCAAGGCAGUUUUGAUGGUGGGGACCAGGGUUUACUGAACACAUUUUUUAACAGCUGGGCAACAACAGAUAUCAGAAAACACCUGCCAUUUAUUUAUAACCUAAGCAGCGUUUCUAUAUACUCCUACCUCCCAGCAUUUAAAGCAUUUGGGGCAAAUGCCAAAGUUGUGCAUUUCCUGGGACGAAUCAAACCAUGGAAUUAUACUUAUGAUCCUAACACAAAAAGUGUCAAAAGUGAGUCCCAUGAUCCCACCAUGACUCAUCCAGAGUUUCUCAACCUGUGGUGGGACAUCUUCACCACCAACGUGUUACCUCUGCUUCAACAAUUUGGCCUUGUCAAAGACACCCACUCAUGCCUGAAUGUGGAAGGAGUCUCAGGAGCCGUAUCACACCUGUCCCUCGGGGAGACCCCGGCUGCAGCACAGCCUUUUGUGUCCUCAGAAGAACGGAAGGAGCGGUGGGAACAGGGCCAGGCUGAUUACAUGGGCGCAGAUUCCUUUGACAACAUCAAGAGGAAACUUGACACUUACCUCCAGUAGAAACACUGCCAUUUUCCCACGGACACAUCAACUUCCCAGGCCCUUGUUUCAGAUACUUAGUGUCUAGAUCUGGGUUAGGAAAGGCCUGUUACACUUGCUAGAAGCUUUGCUAGAAUUCAUCAGAUGAGGGGAUUUUGCAGGACAACAGGGGAGAACUGGGCAAAAGUUGUGAAGUAGCCGUUCUGUCAUGUGGGCAGCAUUCUGCUUUUUAACCCCAGGCUUAUUCAUUAUUCAGCUCAUGUGUUGGAAGUUCUUAAUUUUGCUGAAGGCCAACAUAUGCGGUGGUAAGGGAAGCUCAAGCUAAUUAAGAUGGCUAUACGUAUCGACUGUAAGCACGUGCCAGUGCGGGCUCUGAACCAGUCUCCCUUCAGAACGGGACAAGGUAUCUCUCUCUCUCGCUUGCACGUUGUACCUUUCACCAGACCUGCCUUUUAUUUAGAAUUGCCCAGAGACUGCCGGAGUGAUUGUAAUUCUGCUUUCAGGUGAAGACAGCCUGUAACCCUGCUGAGUGAUUCAUAGACCUAUCAACAAACGGUGUUAACCCAUUUUAUUUCCUGAUUGUAGUGUCUGAAAUUGUUCGCCCGUUUUCUAUGUACAGUAAGGCAGCAUGCUAAAAUGCUUUUGUUCGGUUCUGUGCAUCUGUAAACAGCAGCGUGCUCUCUGGUGGCACCUUGUAUGAAAAUAAAGACUUCUUGCCAUA